AUGAAGACCCCCGGCGAGGUGCUGCGCGAGGGCGAGCUGGAGAAGCGCAGCGACAGCCUGUUCCAGCUGUGGAAGAAGAAGCGCGGCGUGCUGACCCCCGACCGCCUCCGCCUCUUCCCCGCCGGCCCCGGCGCGCGCCCCAAGGAGCUGCGCUUUCACUCCAUCCUCAAGGUGGACUGCGUGGAGCGCACGGGCAAGUACGUGUACUUCACCAUCGUCACCACCGACCGCAAGGAGAUCGACUUCCGCUGCGCCGGCGAGAGCUGCUGGAACGCGGCCAUCACGCUGGCCCUCAUCGACUUCCAGAACCGCCGCGCGCUCGAGGACUUCCGCGGCCGGCAGGAGCGCGCCGCGCCCGCCGCGCAGCCCGACGCCCGGACGGCCCGCGCGCCCUGAGCCCGCGCCGAGCCACGCACUGGACGAGUCAGGCCCGACGGGCGGCAGUGGUCACGUCGGGCAGGAGCCCGAGCAUCUCCUGCCGGCCGGCGCCCGAGGGCCGCCGCGAGGACCAGGAGGCCGCCGCUUCCCGGCCCGGCGGCCCAGGACCCCGAGGCCCCGCUGUGCGGGGCACUAACUUAUUGGAUUACCCGCGUAUUUAUUUCCACGGUUGUUUGUAGUCGGAGCGUUCCGAUGUCGUUUUGUAGCAUCGGUGGGUGCUCACUCUGAAUAAAGGACUUGGCUUUUC